AUGAUUACUCCUAGAGCACUUUCGACCACAACUUUUCAUCCUAAUGUUCAGAUAGUGGUGUCACCAGAUAUUUGUUCUAUAUUGCUUAUAACUUUGCCAAAAGUAUCAAUACGAGCUGUAGUCCCAUACAAUAAAAUAUUGUUCGUUAGCUAG